AUGCUCACCAGCAAGACCAAGGACUCGCUGGCGCUCCCCAGCCCCGACGAUUCGAGGAGGAGAAACGUCGAGAUAUUGUCCGGAGGCAUUGUUCUGAGAGUGGUCAGGAAAUGUCAGGGGGCAUUAUCGCGUGGGUCGUCAUCGGGUUGUCCAUCGUGUCCAAAGAGUGCCAGGGGUCUGUCAGGGGUCAGUAGGUCGUAUAAUCGAGUUAUCAGUCCGUGUCCAAAGAGUGCCAGGGGUCUGUCAGGGGUCAGUAGGUCGUAUAAUCGAGUUAUCAGUCCGUGUCCAAAGAGUGCCAGGGGUCUGUCAGGGGUCAGUAGGUCGUAUAAUCGAGUUAUCAGUCCGUGUCCAAAGAGUGCCAGGGGUCUGUCAGGGGUCAGUAGGUCGUAUAAUCGAGUUAUCAGUCCGUGUCCAAAGAGUGCCAGGGGUCUGUCAGGGGUCAGUAGGUCGUAUAAUCGAGUUAUCAGUCCGUGUCCAAAGAGUGCCAGGGGUCUGUCAGGGGUCAGUAGGUCGUAUAAUCGAGUUAUCAGUCCGUGUCCGAAGAGUGCCAGGGGUCUGUCAGGGGUCAGUAGGUCGUAUAAUCGAGUUAUCAGUCCGUGUCCAAAGAGUGCCAGGGGUCUGUCAGGGGUCAGUAGGUCGUAUAAUCGAGUUAUCAGUCCGUGUCCAAAGAGUGCCAGGGGUCUGUCAGGGGUCAGUUGGUCGUAUAAUCGAGUUAUCAGUCCGUGUCCAAAGAGUGCCAGGGGUCUGUCAGGGGUCAGUAGGUCGUAUAAUCGAGUUAUCAGUCCGUGUCCAAAGAGUGCCAGGGGUCUGUCAGGGGUCAGUAGGUCGUAUAAUCGAGUUAUCAGUCCGUGUCCAAAGAGUGCCAGGGGUCUGUCAGGGGUCAGUAGGUCGUGGGUCGUCAGGAGUUGUCAGUCCGUGUGUUUUUUUAGUUUGGCUGAGCCGCUGUCUCCCCAGAAGAGUCUCAGCCAUAACUUUGGUGUUGUCUGUUGGUCUGGAUGAGCCACAGUCUCCCCAGAUGAGACUCACUCUUACCAACACACAGCACCGUUUUUUUGUUGUUUUAUGAUUUUUUUGUUGUUUUUAUGUUUUUAUAGUUAGUGACGCUCUGCCCUGCUGGGGGGAUUUCUUCUUCCCCGCGCGGCAGUUCCUCUUGAAGGCGUCAGUCAUUAUGAUUACGGUGAUUUGUACCGGUGACCUAAGCGGAUAUAUGGGUCACAGCUCGUCUGGUUACUUCUUAGGAAGGUCAGCACGUCUUGCGGGAACUUCAACGCCCCCCCCGCCGGACCUUCGGGAUCCCCGGCACCUCCAUGGACGCCCCGGGGGAGCCAGGGCGCCCUACCUGGGCCCCUUCAGUCCUGCGAUGCUCACCAGCAAGACCAAGGACUCGCUGGCGCUCCCCAGCCCCGACGAUUCGAGGAGGGCGGGUGCAAGAACG